GUGAUAUGGGAACGACUUGCGAUAUGGACUCGUACUAAUAAGAUCCAUGUUGGCAACAUUCCAAACAGCUUUGAAUGGGAUGAAAUCAAAACAUUGUUGACAACAUUUGGUGAAGUUCAACAUUGUGUUAAAGGUCCAGCCAAAUUUGAAAACUCGUAUCAUGUCUUUGUAACGUAUGAAACUCCAGAUCAAGCACAGCAAGCUUUCACCCAACUGAAUGGAUAUGACAUUGAAGGUUCACCUUUAAAAGUAGAUUUUGUUAUGGAUCAAGGAUAUGGAAACCGUGGAGGUCGCACUAACAGAGGACCCUUCCCACUCUUUCCUUACUCAGGGAAUUCUCCUAACCCCAUGCGUCCAACAGAUUUUCCUCUACGAAUACUUGUUUUUAGUGAUAUGGUAGGAGCAAUCAUUGGUCGAGCAGGUGGUACCAUAAGACGAAUAUCGCAGGAAUCUCGAGCCAGAGUUGAUGUACACCGCAAAGAAAAUGCAGGAUCGGUUGAAAAAGUAAUUACUAUAUAUGGGGAUCCAGAAAACUGUUCAUUAGCUUGCAAGAAAAUUUUAGAAGUGAUGCAACAAGAAGCUGAAAACACCAGCCGAGGUGACAUUCCCUUGAAACUUUUAGCUCACAAUAACCUGAUUGGUCGCCUUAUUGGCAAAAGUGGCAAUACCAUCAAAGGAAUAAUGGAGAAAACAGACACCAAAAUAACUGUUUCUAGUAGCAUCCAUGAUGUUAACAGCUUUAACAUGGAACGAAUUGUAACAAUUGUGGGCAAACUGGAAAAUACUUCUAAAGCUGAACAGAUGAUCAGUUCAAAACUACGCCAGAGCUACGAGAAUGACCUUUCUUCCAUGGCUCCCCAAACAUUUAUGUUCCCUGGGGUCCAUCCUAUGGCUAUGAUGUCUACCAUGGGGGGCCCUGGUUGUCCUCCUGCUCCUCGUGGUACACAAACCAUCCCUCCAUAUGGCAUGUACAACUCACCUUGUAUGCCUGUAAACUAUCCCCCAGGGUCCAUGUCAUCGCAACAGCAAGAUCCAAGUAAGGAACAGGUGUUCUUGUACAUUCCAAACACUGCUGUUGGUGCCAUAAUAGGUACUGGUGGUUCGAGCAUCAGGGACAUGAUCUGUUCUUCUGGAGCUAGUAUAAAGGUUGCACAGCCUAAUAAAGAUGAACCGUUAGAAGGACAAACAGAAAGAAAAGUAACCAUAAUAGGGACACCUGAGUCACAGUGGAAAGCACAGUUCAUGGUCUUCAAGAAAAUUAGCUACGAAGGCUUUGCUGGACCUCAGGAUGCACGUCUUAGGGUAGAAAUCUUUGUUCCAUCAUCUCAAGUUGGUCGCAUAAUUGGGAAAGGAGGACAGACAGUUCGAGAAAUGCAGAGGAUAACCCAGGCAGCAAUAAAAUUACCAGAAGAGAGCCAGAACACUCAAGCAGAGGAAACCCCCAUCUGCAUCAUUGGCGAUUUUUACAGCUCACAAGCUGCCCAACGCCACAUCCGAGCCCUAGUAACUCGAAGCCAGACAGGCACCCAUGCGCCAGGAUGCCAUGGGCUUCUACCAAUGCCCCCACGACCUCCUUGUCCAGGCCAGGUCAAUUAACUUUUGUGACACAGAAUUAAUGCCAUGGUAAUGCUGCCUACUCUCAUUUUCAAACCAAAGAGGAGCAGCAUAAAAACAGUCUUAAAACACUGUGCUAUACAGAAGCAUUAUUAUUAUUUUUUUUUUCUAAAGAAUGAGAAGGGAGAAUUUGAAUUUCAUCUGGAAUGUUAUCAAUAUGGCAUACAGAAAUUAAGGAUGCAUUGCUUUGUUCAAAAAAAUCCUUUUACCUGUUUCAGAAGAUUUAUUUACUGAUAAGACAUUUGAUGCAAAGCUAUCAUUUUGAGAAUAUUCAAAACAUCUGAAUCAUUGAGACUAUUGGGUGGGAGGGGUGGUAGAAAGUUUAAAGUCGGGGAUGGGAAAGGGGUGGGUUAAAUGUUUUAUUUCAUUUUAAGUUUGUUGAAACAUUUAUAUAGGACCAUAAUUGUUGACGAUUAUUGUGGUCUUUCUUUUUUUUUUAUAAAUGUGUUAUAGAAACUUAUUUUUGAUAUACUUGUUGGAGGAACUUUUUUGUUGAAAGAUUUUUAUUGGAAGCAUUUUAGCUCAUCAUUAGUGGCCACAUCAUCAAAAUAGGUCAUUGUUUCACAUAACAUUCAAGUUUCUCCAAUGAGGAUUGAUCCUAGCCAAUUUAACUAAAUUAAUAAAACAAAGCUCAAGUUUGCUAUUGCAAACUAACUGAAAAAUUCUUUCACUCAAAAGUGUAAAUUUAUCAUAAACAUCCUUCAUUCAUGCUCUGUUUAUUCGGAUAUAAAUAGAUCAAUAUACUUUUUACAGCUUUAAAAGUGACAUUCUCCUCAUAUUUUAUUUGAAAUGCAUCAGGCAUGAAACCAAACAGAGCCAUGGAUUUAUAAAGAAUAUGAAUUAAAAUAAUUUAAUUAUUAUAUAAAAAAAGAAAGAAGGAUAUAUGUAGAGAAAGAUGAUUAGUAACCUACAGUACAACUUUGGAUGCCUUUAUAGACAAUUACUUGUAUGUUAAUAGCCAUGUUGUUCAACCUGUAGAAGUUUCUUAUUCAUGUUGAAAACAGUUCCAGGGAUUCAUAAACCAUUAUUAAUUACUACUAGAAAAAAAUAAUUCUAGAGUCAAUGUGUCUUGAAACUAAAACACUUUUUGUUAUCAAUGCUAUUUGCACAAGAUGAAAAGGUAUGUUAAGUAACAAAGCUAGAUGUUAUGACUGAUGAAAUGAUCAUCUAACAUAAUACAUCUUUGAAUAUUCACAAGAUUGAAAACUUACAAAGUGAAUUAUAGUCUGUGGCCUAAGACUGCCACGAGCAGCCUUGUUUCCUCUCAGGCUUGCUUUCUAUAAAUACCUACUACCUCAUUUGUUUGACCAUCCUGUUUCAAAUGUGCUUUUGCAAAUCACUUUCUGGCCAAAGUUGGUAAGAAAUCAAACGUUGACAGAAACGACUGCUAGAUGAUAAUGAAGAUAAGUGUUCUGGAUAUACUUCCAUUUUUCAUUAUAAUAACUGAAGUGGACAUGGAGAGUAUAAUCAUAAGUUUAUCCACUCUUUGAAAUUGUGUCAUGCUUGACGUUACAAACGUGAUAGCAUUAUAUAUAUAAAAUACAGAGGUUAUCAAGAAAAAAUGGAGCAAACAGAAAUGCUUGUUUCUACCUCUUUGAGUUGCAUCAUUUACAGGAAAGCAUAUUAAAAUGACUAAGUUAAAUGUCAUUCAUCUCCUGUGAUAGAUUACUACCAGUUUUAUUUUACUUUGAUAUCCUAUAGGUUACAGUUUCAUCUGUCAUGAAAUGGACCAUGCUGGACUGCAAAAACAGUAGAAAUAUUGUUUUUUAGUCAAACUUAAACAGUCUGUUAACAGACUGACAGACUCCAUUGUUUUUGAUAUAUCCUUCAUCUAUAGAAAAGGAAGUGUUGAAAUAAUAUUGCUUUGAAAAGUCCUUAGUGUUAAUCUUCAAGUUCACGAUUUACCAGUGUAGUAAUAAAUUGUAGAGAUAGUUACAUCCCCUAAAAGGUUAGCCAUGUAGUUUUUUCAUUUUUUUCCAGAUGUUAUCUCAAAAAAAAAACAAAAUUGUUUUGUUUUCAUAUUUAUGUUGAAAAUUAGAGGACGAUGCAUUUGAAGAUUAUUCUCUUUAAUUCUGGAAUCUAUCGUCUUACCACUGGCUAAAGAAAGUCAGUUAAGUAGUACUGGUUCAUAUUUAAGAUUAUUAUGUUACUACAGUUUUGGUGGUUGUAAAAUUCAGGAUUUAGUGAACUCCCCCCCCUUUUUUUUUUCUUAAUAAAUGUUCUUAGGAUAUUUCAGUGUGUGAAGAUUUUGGAACCUAAAAAAAAUGGAAAAUGCUACGUGACGUAAGCAUUACCCAUUUUAAAGACUCUGGAACCAUAAGAUUUUUAACAAAAAUAACAUUUGAAGUUUUACUAAUAUUUUUCCCCCUUCCAGAUAAACCAGUUGUGGAUAAUCUUUGGGCUUAAGAUGAAUCUGAUUACAGUUCUGUGCCAUAACUCCAAGUUCAGUAAAACCCAAUACCACUGGUAGGCAUGUUGACUCAAACACGGGUAAAUCCUAUAUUCUUAUGGUCAUUGUAGUCUUGGCAAAAGAUGCAUCUACAGGAAAGCUGGAAUAUCUUGUAUGAAUAAUGUUACAAAAGUUUUAUUAGUAGAGCCUCACAUCUGAAGUAAGCUUUCCUCACUUUGAUUGUUUUGAUUUUUUUUUUUCAAUUCUGCGUGACUGGGAAGAGCCCAUUCCAUUACAUAACAAUUGAUCAGUUUCUCUGUAAGGUUAGGUUUUGGAUUAGCCAGGUAAGCCACAGUAAUGUUACUGUCUGACUAGAGUUUCAUCCCCUAUGUACCUGUAAACCUUUUCUAUGGAGAAAUUAAAUUAUUCUAUGAAAAAUGA